CCGCCGCCGCCGCAGUGGCCGACGCAGCGCCGCGCGCGACGCACGCCUGGCAUGGACGAGCGCUAACAUGUCCUUCCGGCGGCUCCUGAGCGCCGUGCGCUCGGCGCGGGCCGCGCUCACCCGCGGCGCGCCCCUGGCCGACGGCCUGCUCAAGUCCUUCAUCUCGGUGCUGGUGAUCCUGUGCAUCGCCGUGUCUUCCCCGCCGGCGGCGUCGGCCAAGCCCUUCGCCUUCAGCUUCCCGGCGGGCUGGUCGCUGGCGGGGCUGGUGGGCGGCGCGGGCGCGCGCUCCGACGCCGCCGAGCGCCGCGAGCCCACCGCCGGCGUCAAGCCCUACACGGGCCGGCGCGUGGCCAACGACACGCUGCGCAUGAUCUACCACCACGACCAGACUGUCGCCGUGGUGGAGCUCGGCCCUGGGAAGCUGCUGCUCAACUGCGAGCUCAUCGAGACGCACGAUGAAGAAGACACAGCGAGGCUGCUGCGGCAGCUGAGUCGGAUCAACAGGCCUCUUGGAGUCACAUUCCCGCAGAUGAUCAAACUAAUGAGUCAGUGCCAGCAGGUGGAAGGAGUAGAGGCAUCGGAUGAGACGAGAAGACCGUUACCAGGAGCCAUGAGGGGAGAGUGGCGGCCUGAGGGUGCCGGAGAAAACGCAGCGAGAGCCCGUCUGGACGCCGGUGGUGCCCACGCCGGAUUGCUCGGUGGUAGCCCCUUGACGCUGCUGCAGGGGAUUAUCCCUGGUACAAAAUGGUGCGGCACGGGUGACAUAGCUGCUGACUACCACGACUUAGGUGCCGAUCGUCGCCUCGACCGAUGCUGUCGGACGCACGACUUGUGUCCCACGAAGGUGCGGGCCUUCUCCCAGCGAUACAACCUCACAAACAACUCGCUGUACAGCAAGUCCCACUGCACCUGUGACGACAUGCUGUUCGACUGCCUCAAGGCCACCAACACCUCGGCUUCGCACCUCAUGGGCCACAUCUACUUCAACCUAGUUCAAGUGCCUUGCUUAGAAGACUUCCCAGCUGGAAGACAUUUCAGAGACGCUAAGCAGGGCUUUUAAUUACUCAUUAGCGAAAUAACUUUAAGCGCCAUCUAGUAGCGAUGUUGUUGAUGUCUCUUGCACAGAGUUUUGUUGUAUGUUUGUUGCAUUUGAAAUCCACGUGUAAAUAAUUAAAUUAAUAUAUUCUUCUACGUUAACAUUAGUUAUCAAACUGUGAUAUGUCUGUGCCUUUAUUAAUGUGUAGACGAUGGCGCUCGAAAAAAUGAAAACAAAUAAUUUUUUAAUUGUAUGUUAGUUAAGAAAUUAAUUUAUUUGUUGCAAUAACUGAUUCAAUUUUCACGAAAAAAUAAACUGUACUCUAGUACUUUACACAUAAGAACUAUAGUUUAUCAAACGACUAUUUGUAAUUAAUUACCAAGAACGAUA